CAUUUCAUGAAACGUACCAUUUGGCUCCGUCUCAUAUCGGUGAGGGACCAAUUUUGAAGGAACUGGGGGAACAAGCAGUGGUCCGUUCGUUCUCAGUUUGACGAUAAACUGCUCCGUUUCUUUCACAUUAGAGACGAAGACAACACCAAUCAGUGACACGUUCAUUACCGCAAGACGAUAGUUGUAUUCGGAUAAUUCAGCGUUUCAUGUCUGUUAAAAGCAUGGCUGGAUUUGAUCUCGACAAUAGAGACCCAAACAAUCUCAAUGAACAUCUUCAGGUAAUGUGGGACGAUGUCAUUGGAGAACCAGAGGGGAUACGCAGCCCGGAUUGGGCGUGGAACUGUUCCUACAAGUGUUUUCGAGGAACAAAGAACUGCUGUUAUGUUUUGCUGGCUGUCAUUUUUGGUCCAUGCGUGGCUUUCUGCUCGGCCAUCAAUUUUGCCUGCCUGGCGUUUCAGCAUAUUUGGUGUAUUGGUCCGUUCUUGCGAAGUUGGAAGAUCAACUGUUCGUUUGUUCGGUCUUGUUUGAGCAUUGGACUGGCAGCUUCUUGUGGACCUUGCGCCGAAACGUGUGGCCUUUACUUUUCCAAGAUAAAAGUCCGAUAUCAAAGAUUACCCGAUAGAGAUCAUGACGAGAAGGAUAUCAUGGUGGUUUGAGGAGCAACACCCGCAGUAAAGAGAAAGAACCAAUCUAAAUGAAAAUUCAAAUACUGUUUAUGCUCACUUCUCCUAGACCUCACCUUUCAAUAAACAAGAUCGAGUAA